CUAGAUCGGCCAUAAGAGACUGGUGUGGUGAGUGAUCCAGAACCACCUGUUGAAUUCACGGAUUUUACAUAUUUUUUAGGCUACAGGGAGUGAGUCACGCUUCUUUCAAGAUGGUGGUGGUGUCGGUGCUGCAGAAGGGACUCACCUCCUAUAAUGGCUGUCUGGCCUCUCAACCACUCGUCACCAAGUCCUGCACCAGUGCCAUCACAGCAGCCUUGGGGGACUACCUGGGCCAGCUCAUCAGCAGACAGCACGCCGUGGACCUCCGCAGCAUUGCCAGAUAUGCCACGUUUGGGCUGCUGGUGACUGGACCGCUGGCUCACAACUUCUACCUCUUCCUGGAUCGUCUGGUGAGGCCGGGGGUGAAGGGAGCCGCCAUCAAGAGACUCCUUAUAGAGCGCCUUGGGUUUGCCCCUCUCCUGGUGUUCCUCUCCUUCUACCUACUGUCACGGAUGGAGGGCAAGAGUCACGCGGCAGCCAUGAUGGAGGUGCGGAUGAAGUGGUUUCCAACACUCAAGAUGAACUGGAGGGUGUGGACUCCAAUACAGUACUUCAAUGUGAAUUAUGUGCCCCAGCAGUACCGGUCCCUGUUUGCCAAUUUUGUCGCCCUGUUCUGGAUUAUGUACCUGGCGAACAAGAGGAGGCAGGCUGUGAAGAAAUAGUAAGAGGAAUAAGAGGGAAGGAGGAGUGCA